AAUAUCCAUUCCAUCCAUUGCAUCUUCCAACUCCACUGCGGCGUUGAAACUUCAAGCAUGGAACAAGGAAAGCAGCAGCAAAGAACGAUGGCGUUGUCGUUGUCGUCCAAGGGUUUACCGCACCAAAUUCAAAACCCAAUCACCCAAAUUCAAACACGCUUUAAAAACAUCGAAAACGGUGUCAAGCUUUGGCUCUCCAAACAGUCUAUCGUCGUUGAAGCCGCCGUCGUUGCCACCACCAGCGCCGCUCAAGGCGCUGUUAUGGGUGCCUGCAUGGGUACUUUCACCAGCAACGCUCCCACUGCUUUCGCUCCACCUCGUAACGCGACUCUCAGCCCUCAAGCCAUGGCUUCUCUUAAACAAGCACAGGCUCUUGCUGGAGGUCCUUUGAUUCAGGCUCGGAACUUUGCUGUUAUGACUGGAGUGAAUGCUGGUAUUUCUUGUGUUUUGAAAAGAUUAAGAGGAAAGGAAGAUGUUCAAUCCAGGUGAAAUUUUAUAACCUAAUCUUCAUGCCCUAAAUUAUAUAUCGUUCUGUCCAAUCAUUAACCCUAGAAUAUUUGUACUAUAUGGAUAAGUAAUGAAAAAAUAGAUGUGUAAUUCCACUAGUUUUAAUUGGAUCUUGGGUUUCUUUUGCUAUAAUUUUGAGAAUUGUGGUUUAGUUGAAUCUCUGGAAAUAAUUUUCUUCAUAUAGGUUGUCUUGAGAAAACAGUAUUUGAUUUAUCUUAAGUGAAAAUUA